AUGGCCACGACGCGGCGCAGCUCGCUGGGCGUGCCGGUGUCGACGCUCAUCUUCCCUCGCUCGGCCGCAGACCGCAGCGAGGCCAACAAGCUCACCAAGGCCAUGGAGGACAAGUAUGGCUUCCACUACGUGACCAACUCGUUCACGCAGGACCCGCUCGUGGAGCUCGACUUCCAGGCCUACUACACGGAGACCAACCUGGCCCCGGCGCUCUACGCGAGUCUGGUCUGCUGGCUCAUCUGGAUCGCGCUUACCAUUACCGAUUGGGUCGGCUACUACGACGACGAUCCGGACGUCCGCGCCGCGUCGACGUUGCGCCUCUGGGUCUCCUCCAUCUUCAUCUACAUCCCCGUGCCGACUCUGGUCGCGUGCUGUCGCUCCCGGUACUUCCUCGGCCACGAGCAGACGCUGCUCUGCCUCAUCGCCCACUGCUUCGCUGCCGGCAUUCUCGGCCAGGGACUGAUCAAAGCGGACGACUACACGCGCUUCUUCAUGAAGGACUUGAACUCGCUCUUCUCGCUUGCUUUCCAUGACGAACCGUUAGGCACCUCUGGCUGGACUGAUGCAUCCGCACCGGCGGACGGCCCCGGUACGGCCAUGGACUCAACGAUCAAUGCCACCACUGUGAGCUUGGAUGGCUCCACGGACUGGUGGAUCUACCGCAACCUCGAGUCUGCCGGUCGGGACCUUGUCCUCUCCUACAUAAACCGCGUGGCGAUUCCGAUGGUCCAUCUGAAUAUGAAUCUGCUGCGUCCGUUGCUUGUGUUGCUCGUGGCUCCGCUGUUCAAGCUGGACGCGUUCCACUACCUUCUUUUGGCCUUCUCAAUCAACCUCGAGUUCUGCAUUCUCGUGUCGCUGCAAUACCCAGACUCGCGCUCGACCAUCUUCGUCGUCAACAAGUUCCUGCUUGUCUUCACUCUCGUGUGUGUGUCGGCAGUGCUGGUGAUUCGUGUGCGGCAAACGGACCGCUUCCUCCGACUCAACUUCCUCCACGCCAAGAUUGUCGAGGAGCGCGCCCGGGCCUCGCAUCUCCAAAAAGAGAUCAUCCUCAACGAGAACAAGAGCCUGAAACGGAUGCUGGAAGAGCGCGUGGGCGGACACGGCGACGGCAGUCCCCCGUUAGACUUCGACUCGCCUAUGGCCAAAGUGCUGUUGGACCUUAAGGCCCUGCAGCGCGCAACAGAAUUGUCACCAGAACUACGCGAAAAUCUCGACGGGAUCGUGACUCUACUCAUGCGAAAGGGUCAAAACCUUUUCGCACCCGACAUCCAUGAGCAGCUCAAGAUGAAACGAGAUGGAGACUUGGACGGCGACAUCAAGUCUUGGGCCACCACAGUGCUCGCCAACAAGUCGUACACACGCAACCGCCGAGCCUCAGCGGUCUUUCAAAACAGCGCCGAAAAUUCUGGCAGCAGCAACGGCGGCGGCGGUGGUGGGGUCAGGGAAUCCGAACGGAGCAUGACGGCGGGCUCCGGUAAUUCUAGUGUGUCAAUGGGUUCCGUAGGAGGAGCGAGUCCUACUCGUUCUGUCGAGAUGAGACUGCAUCCAGAGGUCACUGCACCGACUGACGAGGUGUUGAAUGCAGUCGGAGAGUUGAUGGAGCGCGAUGGCUGGAGUGUCGACACGUUCGAGUACGUUUCGUGUGCUUUGGUGGCGCAGAUGACGAAUAACAAGCCCAUUACGUUCAUCACGUACAUCGCCUUCGAGCAGCACAACCUCUUCGAGCUCUGCUCUGUCAACAAGAGCACUUUGGCCAAUUUCCUCCACUUCUUGGACAUUGGUUACCACCGGAAUCCUUACCACAACAACUGCCACGCAGCGGACGUUGUCAGCUCGGUCGAAUAUCUCAUCUCGGUCAUGGAUAACGGGUACUUACAGGACUUGCUCACCUACCAAGAGGUGUUCGCAGCGAUCGUUGCUGCCGCCAUUCACGACUUUCGCCACCCUGGCAAGAACAACAACUUCAUGAUCAAGAGCGGCAGCGACCUGGCCAUCGAAUUCAGCGACUCGUCUGUCUUGGAGCGGAUGCACCUCGCCGAAGCAUUUGUCCUGACGAAAGACCCUCUCUUCAAUAUAUUCGUGGGCCUGUCACCGGGGCAGUACAGCGAGGUGCGCAAGGCCAUCGUGGAGAUGGUGCUCUCCACAGACCUCACCGUCCACCUCCAGCUCGUGGGUAGCCUGAAGACAGCACUCAUCUCGCAGGAAGACUCAGAAGUGGAGCACUCGCCCAUGCUGCUCAUGAAGAUCGUCAUCAAGUGCGCCGACUUGGGCCACUCGUCCAAGGCCCUCAAACUGCACGCGCGCUGGUCCGACCUCAUUAUCGAAGAGUUUUUCUUGCAGGGCGACGACGAGCACACGCUCGGGAUGGACAUCUCCCCCUUCAUGAACCGCAACAGCGAGAACAGCGCCCGCAACCAGGUCGGCUUCUUCGAGUUCAUCAUCCUGCCGUUCUUCGAGGUGGUCGCCGAAGCUGUGUUCCGUCCCGAGUUCAAAACCAUCCUGGACCAAGCUCACCAGAACUACAAGCUCUGGAAGAAGGCCGACAACAUGCAGAUCAACUCCAUCAAAGACAUCCUGGACCAAGUUCUAGACCCCGAAGCAUCCAAGAUCGCCGCAGCGGCCAGCAAAGCCCCCGCUGGCCACUAA